AUGACAUCCCUCUUCUACUCGCCAGGCGAAGCAUGGAUAUCCACAUUGCAAUCCCCCGUCUCAUGGGCAAUCCUCAUACUGCUCGUGGUCUCUAGCAUCUAUAUCACGAGCUGCCAUUCACCCCCACGACAUUAUCCCCCAGGUCCAAAAUCAGACCCCCUCAUCGGCAACCUACGCCAAAUACCACUCGAACACCAGGAGCGGACAUUUUCGGAUUGGGGGACCAGAUAUGGCGACGUGGUCUACGCACGUCUAUUAGGGAAAGAAAUGAUCAUCCUAAAUACCUUGCAAGCAGCGCGUGACUUGCUGGAGAAGCGAAGUGCCAUAUACUCAGAUCGGCCACGUUCCGUAUUACUGGAAGAAUUAAUGGGUUGGCAAGAUGCUACGACGAACAUGCGGUAUGGUCCCCGGUUUCGAAAGCAUCGUCGCUUUGCGCAGCAAACUUUCAAUCGGGGUGCCGUGAGGUCGUAUCAACCUUUACAGCACCAGGAAAUGGGUAUCCUUCUCAACAGCUUUGCAAGCGACCCGACUUCUUUUGUGCAACACUUUAGAAGGUACGGCGCGGCUACCAUCAUGAAAAUCACAUAUGGGCACGACGUCAAGUCGUACGAUGACAAGUUUGUCCAACUAGCUGAGAAGGCUGGAACGGCCACGAUUGAGGUCGGGACCCCGGCUGCCACAUUGGUAGACUUUAUCCCACUGUUGAAGUGCGUGGAUUUCACGUUCCUGGAUGUAAUGAUCACCGAAUACCUUGUUAGACACCUUCCAAGUUGGAUGCCUGGAGGCGGUUUCAAACGUGAGGCUCGAAAAUGCCAAGCAUUGGUGCAAGCCAUGAUUGACAUACCGUUUGAAAGUGUUCGCGAUAGUGUGAUUAACGGCAAUGCUCCACCCUCUUUCACAUCCUCUAUACUCGAGUCAUAUUGUAAAUCAGGGGACUUUAAGCUUCCUAUCGAAGACGAGAGGGAUAUCAAAGGGGCUGCUGGGACGCUCUACGCAGCUGCCGAAGAUACAACUGUUUCUACUCUAACAACAUUUAUCCUUGCUAUGGUAUUAUAUCCGGAGGUCUUCAAGAAGGCACAGCGGGAGAUUGAUGCGGUUAUUGGCCGACAGCGCCUUCCUACCUUCCAAGACGUUGGAUCACUCCCGUAUCUGGAUUGCCUGGUCAAGGAGGUAUACAGAUGGCAUCCCCCAGUCCCUCUCGGCCUACCGCACCGGCUUAUGGCAGAUGACAUUUAUGAUGGGCACCAUAUACCCAAAGGCGCUACGGUGUUGGCUAACAUAUGGGGAAUGGCGAAAAAUUGUCAAUCUCCAGAUACCUUCUAUCCAGAGAGAUAUUUAGAGGAUCCUGAACUUCCAGACCCUCAUUCCUUUGUCUUCGGUUUCGGACGAAGAAUAUGCCCCGGAAGACAUUUUGCCCAUUCUAGUGUCUGGUUGGUCGCCGCUAAUAUAAUCGCCACUAUGGAGCUAUCACCUGCAGUUGAUUCCGAUGGGAACCCGACCCCAGUUUUGCCAGAAUUCAGCUCUGGCUUCGUCAGAACCAUUUACCAGCAUCGUGUUAUGGUCGACAUCAGCGCCAUCGAAGCUCAGAAUCAGACAGCUCGGCUUGCUCUCCCAGCCCCGAAUGACCCUGGCGCUACUACUCAAGCAGCAGUCGGGUCCACUGCCGUGAAGUUAGACGAACUGGGGCCGAUGGUGGUCAACAGCGAUGGCACCCUAUCCCGAAUAGCAAACUGGGGCAGUAUGACAGAGGCGGAGAAAGAAAGAACACUCCGCAUUUUGCUCGCCAGGAAUAAGGUGAGACUUGCCAACGAAGAGAAUGCACGCAAAAGUAACGGUGGGAGCCCCGAUGAAGACGAUGAUGCCACGCUGCUUUCCUUAUCGACCCCAUCGACGAAGAAGGAAUAA